AUGAUGAACAUCAACACCGAGCUCGUUCUCCGUCAGUUGCUUGACAAAAUCGCUGAUGAACAAAACUAUAAAGAACCCAAUAUAAGUGUACAUGCUAUAACCAGUGGCGGUGCUAACUACACUUCCAUUUUGUAUUUAGCAACAAUUUCCCAACAAAACAAAGAUGAACUUAAGCUCUUCGCAAAAGUUGCAAUUAUGAGUGAUGUUGCCAGAUCUCACUAUUAUUUGCCUCUGUUUGAUUUAGAACGAUUCGCAUAUACUAAUUUAUUACCCCGUUAUGCGGAUAUUCAAGAUAGAAACCAAAUAUCCGAGGAGAACAAACUCGUAUGGCCCAAAUUUUACGGUUGCAAUCCAAAUCUCUAUGAAGAAACGAUAGUACUCGAAAAUCUGGUUGCAAAUGGGUUUAACCCAUACGACAGAUUCAAGUCCAUUAAUUGGGCUUAUGCGUCUAAAGCUGUAGAAACACUCGCUAAAUUCCAUGCUCUAUCCAUCGCUUAUGGUGAAGAGAAUCCGACAGAAUAUGCGCAACUUCUGGAAAAGAUGAAAUUUGAUCCCAAUUCUGUGGCACGCGUCAGUGGUGCUUUUACAAAAUUAGUAAAAAUGGCUUUAGCUGUGACAAAAGAAGAAAAUAGAGAAAGAUUAAAGGCGUAUAUAGAGAAGGAAGGUGAUUUAGUAAAUAUGGCGAAAUCCCGUCAAGAAAACUUCGUCGGAUUGAAUGUUUUAACUCAUGGCGGCUUCAGACCGAGCAAUUUGAUGCACAGAACAAAGGCAGAUGGUACCAUUGAAGUGAUACCUGUAGACUUUCAAACUAUCACAGCUAAUAGUCCAGUCGUGGAUUUGUUCCACUUCAUCUUCACGGGCUCCGACGAGGAAUUCAGACGUGAGCAUUAUGAGCAGCUGGUCGAGCAUUACUACCAGGAACUGAGCCGAGCGUUACGCAAUCUGAACCUGGAUCCAAACCAGCUGUAUCCUAAGGAGAACUAUAAAAAAGAUAUAGAAUAUUUUCUACCAAUCGGUCUCAUUAUUGGUUUAUUCACAUUGCCAGUAAUCACCGUUGAAAGUGAGAACGCUCCAUCUUUUGAAGGCAAAGACGGUAUGAACAGCAUAGCGUGUACUAAAACCAGUAACCUGUACCCGGAAAGAUUGAAUGGAAUUGUCAACGACUACGUCAGAUGGGGAAUACUUUGAAUGUAUCGUUUUAUACCUUAUAUAUAUAUAUAUAUUGGUACCAUAAUAAGAAAUGUGAAAUUGUAUUUUUUCAUUUACUAUUAAAAUAAUUUUAGUUGUUGUAUAAUUUUUAUUUUUUUACAUAAUGUAAUUAUUGACUUAUUCACUUUUUUUUUAUUAUACUAGCUGACCCGGCGAGGCGUCCCGAAUGGCAGAAUGAGUAUUAAAUAAACUAAUGAAUUAAAAAAUCGACUGGCGUCGAAGACUAGGCGUUACGAAG